UUGGCCACUCGUCAAGGAGUGUGUAUGUGUGGGGGUGGGUAUCCGGCGCCGCAGCCACUUGUCUACACGAGUUGCGCGGGAGGCAACGCUUGGUUAGGCGGCGGAUGAGAGCGGUCUCUGCGCCAAUGGAUGCCGCCAAGAGCCUGUUGUUUCUGCUAAGUGUGCUGGAGGUGUGUGCAGCCGUGAAUCUCUGCUGUUAUUGGCCCUGUCAGAAUAAAGGAGUUUGUGUUAAUGUUGGUCUAGAAGGUUAUGAAUGUGACUGCACACACACUGGCUAUCAUGGAGUUAACUGCACCGUGCCUUAUUUCUGGACAAGAGUUUACACAGUGUUGAAGCCGAGCCCUGCUUUUGUGCAUUAUCUAUUGACACACUAUAAAUGGAUGUGGGAUAUUAUAAAUAAGAUUUCAUUCCUCCGUGACAACUUGAUGCGUCUAGUUCUAACAGUGAGGUCGAACCUGAUCCCCAGCCCUCCAACAUACAACUCGGACUACAACUACCUCACAUGGGAAGGCUACUCUAACGUGACUUACUUCACCCGCUUGCUUCCCCCUGUGCCAAAGGACUGUCCAACCCCAGCCGGAACUAAAGGAUACAAGACACGGCCUAACGCAACAAAAUUAGCAGAGGAGUUCUUGCUGAGGCGUUCGUUCAUCCCAGAUCCCCAGGGCACCAACCUGAUGUUUGCUUUUUUCGCUCAACACUUCACACAUCAGUUCUUCAGAACCAACUUUGAUCGAGGUCCUGGCUUCACAAAAGCUUUGGGUCACGGGGUGGACCUCAGCCACGUUUACGGAGAAUCUCUGGAGAGACAGCACCAUCUCAGGCUUUUCAAGGAUGGAAAGCUGAAGUUUCAGGUGGUGAACGGAGAGGUCUACCCCCCAUCAGUAAAAGACUCCUCAGUGAGAAUGAAGUAUCCGAAAACGGUGCCUGCGGAGAGACAGCUGGCUGUCGGCCACGAAUUAUUCGGGCUGAUUCCCGGGCUUCUAAUGUACGCCACCCUCUGGCUGCGAGAACACAACCGUGUCUGCGACAUCCUGAAGGAGGAACAUCCAACUUGGAGUGACGAGCAGCUCUUCCAGACCACCCGCCUCAUCCUGAUCGGUGAAACUAUUAAAAUAGUGAUCGAGGACUAUGUCCAGCAUCUGAGCGGUUACCAUUUCAGUAUGCAGUUUAAUCCAGAGCUCCUGUUUAAAGAGCAAUUUCAGUAUCGGAACCGGAUUGCCGUAGAGUUUAACCACCUGUACCACUGGCACCCGCUCAUGCCUGACACCUUCCGGGUCAAAGACCAUGACUACAAUUAUGCAGACUUCCUCUUCAACCCGAGCAUACUGUUGGAUGAAGGAGUGGACACUUUACUGGAAUCGUUCACAGUGCAAAGUGCAGGACGGAUCGGCGGGGGAAGAAACAUAAACAAACACGUACUGAGUGUGGCCAUCAACGUCAUAGAGCAUGAGCGACAACUGAGACUGCAGCCAUUGAACGAGUAUCGCAAGUGGUUCGGCCUGGUCCCCUACAAAUCCUUCCAGGAGUUGACAGGCGAAACUGAAAUAGCAGCAAGACUGGAGGAACUCUAUGGAGACAUUGACGCGAUGGAGUUUUUUCCUGGAUUGCUCCUGGAGACUCCAUACAAGGAUGGCAUAUUUGGGGAAAGCAUCGUUGAAAUGGGAGCUCCUUUCUCCCUCAAAGGCCUCCUAGGCAAUCCAAUCUGUUCUCCGUUUUACUGGAAGCCGAGUACGUUUGGAGGGCAAACAGGGUUUGACAUAGUCAAGUCUGCAACGCUUCAGAAAUUGGUUUGCCUCAAUACCAAGGGAUGUCCACAAGUAGCUUUCCACGUCUCCAGUAACAUAGGCAGUGAGUCUAAAGAAGGAAGGGAGAGUCCUAAGAGUGAAUUCUAACCAGGAAAACGCUAAGGCUGACCAGAUUUGCUCCAUAUAAUUCUAGCUUUAAUCAGAUUCAGAUUUAUUAUCAAUAACUUAAAGUUGUUGUCUUGUGGCAACAGUACCAUUCAAAGAUGUAAAAUUACUAUAAAUUACAAAAUAAAUACUUAACUUUCUUAAACCCAUCUUCCCUGCUGGGGCACAGGCUGCUGACAGAAGUCAGUCCUGGUCCUGGUCCCACACUUUCAGUCCUUCAAAGUGCAGAUCAUUGAAAAUCCUGCCUUUCUCAGGCCUCAAGUCUUUGGAGCUUCUGCUGGCGUUUCUGUAAUUUUUACAGGAUGAGGUUGCUAGUCCCGUGUCCAACCCUCCUCCUUUCGCAGCCAGGCUUGGGACCCUAUUUGGCGGAGUUACAAAAUAAACAGACAAAUAGGGGUGAAGGAAAGGUAGUGUUAAUGGACAGUUCAGAAAUCUGAUGGUGAAGGGGAGGAAGUCAUAGAGUGUGGGUCUUCAGGCUCCUGUAGCACCUCCCCAAUGGUAGUAAUGAGAAGAGGGCAUGUCCUGGAUGAUGAGGGUCUUCAGUGAAGGGUGCAUUCUCGAGGCAUUGCCUUAACAAGCAUGAUAACAAAUCAUAAAAGGACUACAUUUACUUGGAUGGCCAUUCAGUUUCAACAAGAACACAGUGCCAUCCUGCAGCUUAUAACAACACUAUAACUGGAAUCCCCAAGGGCAUUUCACUAGGAGUGCCAUCAUCCAGGUGGGGGUGGGGUCACCUUUGUGCAGGGGCUUCCUUUAUCUUGUUACUCUCCUUGAAAGGAACUCCAAACCCUCGUGCUAAGAUAAAGACAUCCACUCCACACAAGAACAGUCCUCCUUCCAAACUCAAAUUCACCACAUCGGCUCCAAGCAUAUCUGGCAAAGACAGAUAUCAAGUUCUCUGAAGCUCCACCCAUUCUAUCACAGAAGCAAAAUUGAUUCGAAAUCUUUAAGUCAACAAAAAAGAUUCCAAAAUCCAGAGGGUAAUAGGGUUCUAAUAAAAACAAGCACAAUUUCAUUGCUAAUCUAGGGGGAAUUGUUCAUGAUGCCUGCAUAUUCCCCCAGCUGUGUCCCCAUUUAACAUGGUAAAUAAAUUGGUGAUGUUUGUCUUA